GUUACCUGGGAUAUCGCUCUUGGAUCUUUAGCGCUAUGCGUCAAGUUCCACCGUGACUUCUUGGCUCCACUUAGUCCCGUAUAUGCGUACGAAUUCUUGGACCUCGCACGGCAUUCCGUAUCGUACGAGGACCUUGAGGUUUCACAACGCGAUAUACUUGCAGCUUGCGGUUUCAGUCUCGGUAGCAUCACACCUCAAGGCCUCAUGGAUGAACUUUGGCUAGCUUUACCUACGCUACGAAAGGCUACAGAAGCAUUGAAGGAUGGCUGGAAAUCGGUACAAGUUGAGAUAUGGGACAGAUUGUUUGACGCCUUGAUAGAACCUGACGUUCUACAGUUCCCUGUUUCGGUCCUCACAGCCUCCGCCCUGCUUGACGGUCUCAUCAUUGCCAUUGCUCGCCAUCACAAA